GCUUGCGCCGUUACUAAGUGCUUCGUCGUGGUCAUGACGGAAUACGUGACUGCACGGAUAUAUCCGUCAGCAAAUCAGAGCGCGACGCUCUUAUCGCCGACGACAUAAGACCACCAAUUCCCAGAGGACGCAUUCCCCUCAUCUCAGCUUCACCUCGAGCCUGCCCAAUCAUCAUGGUUAACAAGACCUUCACGCUCAGCGACGGCAACAAGAUUCCCUGGAUUGGCUUUGGUACGGGCACUGCUCUGUACAACCAGGACGCGUCCGCCCCUGUGAAGCAGGCGAUCGCGAAUGGCUUCACGCACCUGGAUGGCGCGCAGAUCUACGAGAACGAGGACUCCUUGGGCGCCGCGAUCAAGGCAUCGGGCAAGCCGCGCUCCGAGCUCUUCAUUACGACGAAGCUAAGCCCGAAGUUCACGCUGGCCCCGGGAGAGUCCGUGAAGGAAUCGCUGCAGGAGUCGCUGAAGAAGAUCGGCGUGGACUACGUCGACCUGUUCCUCGUCCACCAGCCGCUGCCAUUUGCUGAGAAUGGUACAUUGCCCGCUCUGUGGGUCGGUCUGGAGGGCCUUGUGAAGGAGGGCCUCACGAAGUCGAUCGGUGUCAGCAACUUCAAGGUCUCUGACCUUGAGAAGCUCCUGCCUGAGGCUGCAAUCCCGCCCGCCGUGAACCAGAUUGAGCUGCAUCCCUACGUCUGGCGGUCAGCAAAAUCUAUCUACGACUUCUGCAAGUCGAAGGGGAUCGCGGUCGCAUCGUACAGCGGACUCCAGCCUAUCACCGGUGGCAAGGGUGGUCCCUUGGACGACAUCCUCCCCGCUAUCGCCGCGCGUCUGUCGAAGGACUAUGGCAAGACCGUGACCCCCGCGCAGGUGCUCAUGAAGUGGCUGAUUCAGAAGGAGGUCAUCAUUAUAACAACCACCACCAAGAAGGAGCGCAUCGAGGAAUAUCUCGACGCGAUCAAUGUGCCCGACCUGACCACGGACGAGAUCAACCAGAUUGAGGAGAACGGCGUGAAGGUCCUGAAGCGCUUCUACAUGAAGCACGUCUUCCCCGAGGGCGAGUAAGGGUCGUUCGACAGCAACAACACAUAUAAUGUAUAGUAGGAAGGCGCAAAGCAGGAUGUAUUCUAGUCGUCGAUGAACAACGCGAUGGUUCAGAAGAA